UAUCCCUCCCCCAUCCUCUCUAUAAGAUGGCACAGCCCUCUCAGGUAGGGGCGAGUGUCUCACUCUCACAUCAAAAAAGAAAGAAAGCCAAGGUUCCUAAGCACAAUUCUCUUGCUUGGUCUCCUACACAGGCUAUGAAGUAUGAACAUGAGCCCAUGCCUCCUCUCCUCCAGUGCUCUCUCUCUCUCUCUCUCUCUCUCUCUCUCUCUCUGGUCUCUGCACUUGCAUAGAGAGAUGAUCUGAUCACAUAGACCUCUCUCUCCCUUUCUCUCUCUUCUCUCUCUCACCUCUGUCUGAAGCACAAGCCUAGACCUUAUGCAUGGCCGGACACAUCUGAUCAUAGGCCACGCUCCUCCUCCUGCCGCUCUCUCACACAUACUCACAGAGAUCGACACACACUGCUCUUAGUGCCAGGACCUAGAGGGGAGGGGAGAGGCAUCAGGGGGCCUUGGAGUCCCAUCAGUAAAGCACAUGUUUCCUUUCUGCGAUUCCUCAAGCCCCAUGGACUUACCGCUUUACCAACAGCUGCAGCUCAGCCCGCCUUCCCCAAAGCCGGACCAAUCCACCGGCUUCUUCUACUACCCGUGCUCCCCUCCCUUCGCCGCCGCCGACGCCAGCUUCCACCUCAGCUACCAGCUCGGUAGCGCCGCCGCCGCCACUCCGCCACAAGCCGUGAUCGACUCGCCGGAGCUGCCGCUGCAGCCGGUGAUGGAGCAGGCGCCGGCGCCGGCGCCGGCUGCAGAGCUGGACCUGGACGCCGCUUGCGCCAAUGCACAAGGCGCCGGCGCCGGCCUCGACAGGGCCGCCGCGGCGGCGAGGAAAGACCGGCACAGCAAGAUAUGCACCGCCGGCGGGAUGAGGGACCGCCGGAUGCGGCUCUCCCUCGACGUCGCCCGCAAGUUCUUCGCGCUCCAGGACAUGCUCGGCUUCGACAAGGCCAGCAAGACGGUGCAAUGGCUCCUCAACACGUCCAAGUCCGCCAUCCAGGAGAUCAUGACCGACGACGCCUCGUCGGAGUGCGUGGAGGACGGCUCCAGCAGCCUCUCCGUCGACGGCAAGCCCAACCCGGCGGAGCUGCUGGGCGGAGGAGAUCAGCAGCCCAACAAGGGCAACGGCCGCAGCGGCGAGGGGAAGAAGCCGGCCAAGGCAAGAAAGCCGGCAACAACCCCGAAGCCGCCAAGGAAGUCGUCGGUCAAUGCACACCCGGUCCCCGACAAGGAGACGAGGGCGAAGGCGAGGGAGAGGGCGAGGGAGCGGACCAAGGAGAAGCACCGAAUGCGGUGGGUGAAGCUUGCGUCAGCAAUCGACGUCGAGGCGGCGGCUGCCUCGGUGGCGAGGGACAGGCCGAGCUCCAACAAUUUGAGCCACCACGCGUCGUCGAACAUGGCGUGUGCCGCUGCUGAAUUGGAGGAGAGGUGCUCAUCAACCCUCAACAAUGGAGGAAGGAUGCAAGAAAUCACGGGGUCCAGCGACGUGAUCUUGCCCUUCGGCAAUGGAGGAUACGGCGCCGGCAACUACUACUGCCAAGAACAAUGGGACCUCGGUGGAGUCGUCUUUCAGCAGAACUCACGCUUCUACUGAACACGGGAACUAGGUACCGCUUACAUAUAUCCUUGCCCCUCCCAUGAACUUUCCCAAUAAUUUCUUGUGUUCAUCUGUGUGUAUCUCUCUACGUAGCAUUCGUAAUUGACUGCGUGACGUUGAACUUGGUUUGGUCAUCGCAUGAUGUAUUAUAGCUAGCAUGCACUGUGUUGAUUCAUCAAUGGAAUCUAAUCUAUGUUGAUUCUGUGAUUUCCAAACUGAAUCUCUCAAAUGGAGGAGAUCAGAUAGUAUCUGCUGAUGGAACUUCAUUAUUGUA